AUGCCUGCUCCUCCCCCGCCUCCUCCGCCACCACCUCCAGGCGGAGGCGGCCCUCCACCACCUCCUCCUCCCCCUGGAGGAGCCCCCGGUGCCAAUGGCCUGCCUGCGCGUCCGCCGGCUGGGAACAGGAACGCACUCCUCUCUGAUAUUAGCAAAGGCCGAGCCCUGAAAAAGGCCACCACCAACGAUCGCUCGGCACCAGCUAUCGCCAAAAGCUCGUCCUCAUCCGUCCCUGCCGUUGGCAGCGCCCCUCCAGUCCCUGGAGGUCUCGCACCCCCGGUCCCUGGCAAUCGUGCUCGGAGCAACAGUGACCAUGGCUCCGGUCAGACUGCGGCCGCGGGCGUCGACUCGGCUCCUCAGCUGGGAGGCUUAUUUGCGGGCGGCAUGCCUAAACUCAAAAAAAGAGGAGGAGGCGUCGACACUGGCGCGAACGCAGACUCGUCCUAUCUCUCGGAUCCCGGCGAAACCGUGCGCUCGGCCCCGAAACCACCCGGAUUCUCCGCGCCGAAGCGGCCCUCCGGCGCUGCGCCAGCUAUCCCGGGACGCGGGCCCCCGGUUCCGCCGCCUGGCAGCGCUGGUGGCUGGCGAAAGACCAGCGGACCAGCAGGCUUGAAGGGUCCUCCGCCACCAAUAGGGAAGAAGCCCCCCCCUCUGCCAACAUCUCGAAAGCCCUCGUCGAAAGCAGUGCCGCCGCCGGCACCUCCACCCCCUCCAUUCUCGUCAGCCCCCGGGCUGCCCUCGUCAGCCCCUCCCCUUCCGCCAGCGGCGGGAUCUCCGCAGUCGGCCUCUUCCCCUGCUCCGCGGUUGCAGCCUCCACCUCCUCCGGGCCUGCCGCCCUCCUCAGCACCCUCCCUAGCUGCGCAAGCAGCCAUUCGGGCGGCCGAGCAAUCGUCGUCGGGUUCUGCGCCGCCGCUACCCCCUCCCAACGCGGCUCCGUCACCGCCGACGGCGAUCUCUCCUCCCCCUCCUCCUCCACCACCACAAGCGCGAAACCGCGGGUCGUCUCUCCAUAAAUCCUUGCUGGACGCGAGCACCUUCACUCUGUCAACCAAUGGCUCCAAGUCGCCGAGUCCGAACCGCAAUUCCUCUCAUUCUCCAACCCCCUGUACCGGCGGAGGGCGAAUUUUUAUCGACGAUGCGAGAUGGCAGUUCAAGGACGAGAGUCUGUUUCCAAAACCUCGAGAUUUCGUUGGCGGCCCCAAGAAAUACCGCGCAGGGAGAGGAAGCAGCGUGCCUCUGGAUCUGGGCGCAAUGUAG